CGGGCUAUGGUUUCCUCGAAAAGACUUUCACUCACUUUUACUUUAGCUUCUGGCCAUUGUAAUGACCAGAGGCGGCUUGGGUCUGGGUCCGCAGUGUUUCCCGUUGGUUGUCAGCCGCGCCGUGGCCACAACACAAGCCACCGACUUGGUUGCCAACCUCAUUAGCUUGGCCAACAGCCACCGGUCAGUUCCAAUCGCAACGCCAUUUCGAAAAGACGCGCGCGCUCCCAGAACAACCAAAUCCCAGCAUACUUAUCAGCUUUGCUCAUCAUCACAAAGUUGCUCUAAUUUUGGAAUACCCACUACAGAAACACCUUAGGCAGGUUAUUUUUAUCGCACACGGACACCUUCGACUAUUAGAUGAGAAUCAAAAUGCGCGCCUGCGGCCCCAGUUUGAUCAAAUACGUUCUGUUUGCCUUCAAUGUGCUAUUUGCGCUUUCCGGUCUUGGCAUACUGGUGGCCGGUGCCAUCGUCCUGGCCGAUGUCAAUGAAUUUAACCAUUUUGUGGAGGGACGCGUCCUGGCGCCGCCGAUUGUGCUAAUUGUCACCGGGCUGGUGAUCUUUCUCAUUGCCUCAUUGGGUUGCUUUGGCGCCAUCAAGGAGUCGCCCACUCUGCUCCUAACGUACGCCGUGCUGCUGGCCAUCAUCUUUAUCGUGGAGCUGGCCGUGGGCAUUGCGGCGAGCGUGUUUAAGAAGGAUCUGGAGAGCAUGCUGAAGAACUCAUUGCAGGAGUCGAUCAAGCGCUCCAACAGCGAGGACAGCAUCGCCUGGGACAAUGUCCAGCGCAAGCUGAUGUGCUGCGGCGUGGACACGCCCGCCGACUGGCGUGCCCUCAGCCUGAACAAGACCCUGCCGGCCAGCUGCUGCCAGCCGCAGUUCAUCGAUGCCGCCGUCGGACACUGCACGGAAUCGCCGGCCCUUGGCAAGGACAAGUAUUUCCAGGAGGGCUGCGUCGGCAAGCUCAAGGAGCGCAUCGAUAAGAACGCCGUCAUUCUGAUUGGCGUCGGCAUCGGCAUCGCCUUCAUACAAAUCCUGGGCAUAGUGCUCGCCUGCUAUCUGGCCUCCGCCAUACGAUACGCACGCCAAGCGAACUAAGCACACCUCCCACCAAGCAUCUAGUUAAUCUCAAACUCAAUAUGGAUCUCAUGUCAGUCCGUUAAAUAUACAUGCAUGAGCCCAUUUUAUUCCCUAGUCAAUUUAUGCAUUACGACAAGUUAUAUACCGCUCUGGAGAACUUUUCCACCCUCUCAUCGAGAUAAACGAGGCUCGCUCUGGCAACAACUUUAGCUAUAAAUAGAACUUGGUUCUACAUACUACCAACUAUUCCAGAUGUUUUUCUAUAUUUCUCGGGAACUGCGAAUAGGAAGCAAAUCAUCUUGGAAUCCAAUGAGCCUUCCUCUUCUACUUCAAAACGCAACAAAUCACAAAAGUUGAAAAGCUAAAAAGUUAAUUGACCUUGAUUAAAUUUCAUUUCAUUUGAUUUCCAUAUUAUUUUCCAGCUUAC